UUUCAGAUUCCGAGUGACUAUUUAUUUUUACAGCCUGAGGCAAACACAACAGUAUGAAACUUCAUGGGGAGCUGUGUUUGCUGUUGAUUCUACUAGAGAAGAGGAGAGUCUGUAAUCAUGGAGAAUACACCAAGGAAUGUAACUGGCUCUGAGUCCUCAGAGACAGUGAAUCCUCAAGCACCAGCUGGUAACAUGGCAUCACCAAGACGUAGUGCUGAGGAACCUGUGGGAAUUGCCAACAGAGCCGCUCCAACAACAUCACCAACCAGAAGGAUUGCCAUGAAAAGUCAAGAAUUACUUGAGGAAACUGAUACGGAAGAACCAUUAUUUGAACAUACGGAGUCACAGAUCUCCAAAGAAUCUCCUCAGACAAAGAGAUGCUCCAGGCAGGAACCCCAGGCUGGAGAAAUGGUGACGAAGGAGCUGAUAUUACUGGCUUUGAUAGUGGGAGUAGUAGCAAUAGCAAUAAUGCUGUGGCAUGUAAAUAAGACGAAGAGUGUGCUGAAUUCACCUCAGGAUGACUCCAAGGCAGACAACAAGGGAAAUGAGGGUCAUGGUGACAAGGCUCUGAUAGUGGGAGUAGUAGCAAUAGCAAUAAUGCUGUGGCAUGUAAAUAAGACGAAGAGUGUGCUGAAUUCACCUCAGGAUGACUCCAAGGCAGACAACAAGGGAAAUGAGGGUCAUGGUGACAAGGUUCAAAAGAAGCCUCACCCCUGCCCUGGUGAUGCACUUGCUUCUACACCACAACCAGAACCACAGGUAAAAAGGGGAAAGUGA